AGGGGAAUGAGUAACUGGAAAAUUAUGAGUGGCCUGUCUCUAACAUAAGAGCAACAGUAAACAAAGUCUGGUUUGUCAACGCAAUAUUCGCUCACAAGCCACACUAUAAUAGUUACAGUUUGACAGGCAGCUGACGUUUUAUGAGUGCUCUAUUGUUCCAAGCUGUUGGUUUUAAAGUUUUUGGAGAAAUAAAAUAUAGUUUUGUGAAAGGACUUUGGAAACUUUAGAUACAGUAUGGUUGAGGUGUGAUACAGAUAUUUAAAAAUUCUUGCUUACAGCAACAUACAGUCAUUUUUAUUAGUUUGAGUUUAGUUUUUGCAUUUUUAUUAUGUAAGUAAAGCAAGCUGACAUGGCAAAAAAAAAUUUCAAUCGAUGUAUAAAAUGUUCUCUGGCCGUCCUGGUUUUAGUUCUAUGGGUUCUCAGCGGUUCAGUUCUUGUGCUGUCAACUUACGUAAGAGAAGAUUUGAGUCAACUCGUCCUUGUAACAGAGGACACGACCAUCGGUGACUUUUAUUUGAGCAUUUUCUUUCCAGUCAUUUUCCCCGUCCUAGUAACUAUCUCAUGCUUUGCGUUUGUGAUUGGCUGCGUUGGAUGUUCGGGUGCUUUCACGGAAAGCCAGCUUUUGUUAGGAUGGUUUUUCUUCUCAAUGCUUGUUGCCUUCUGUGUGGAGUUAAGUGCUGGCAUCUGGCGUAUGGUAAACUUUAAAUUGAGUUAUAACGAAAGCGACAUUGACCAACUGAAGUUGAAUAUACAGCGUUAUUCACGACUUGAAGCAAACAACUGGUUCAUGAAAGCUUGGGCUAAAGUUCACAAAGAGUAUGAAUGUUGCGGCGUUGAAUCCUUUCAAGAUUGGAUGAACAGUGAGCCCUUGAUGCUUGGUUCGUGUUGCCCUGGAUCUCUGUCAGGUGAUAGAUCAUCAUCAGGUGGUAGAGACGCUUGUUUAGACUUCAUCUCCGAGUUAGAUGGGUGUGGAACGAAGUUGCUCGCCGACCUUAGUUCACCUAAAAGUUUGGCAUCUGUGCCCUACAUAACAGCGGUGCUGGGCAUAACGCAGGUUGUGGCGCUGAUUUUAGCGUUAAAGUUGUGGUUAAGUUACUGCUUUGAAGCGAAGGAGGAUCCAACGAGCUCUGUAAGCGAGGAAAGCCGAACAUAUGAGAUGGGAUAUGUCUGGGAUACGGAGAAGCAGACUUUGGUCCACUUUAAUUCGGCAAACAAGCAAAUAAUUGAGAGUGCUUCACCGUGUCUAAAUUCUAAGAAACCAAAAAUUACAAAAGACAUUUCAUCAGCUUCUUCCAAACAAACGCAGAACAAUGUUGGUGUUCACACAAUGGAAACAAACACACAUCAUUGCUGUGAGGCAUGUAUGUUAAUAAGAGACAGAGAAAACUACCCCGUAGGGGUUCGAUACUACUCUGUGCCUCAGAAGACAGAGGUUUACACAGAACAUUACCCUAUGCCAAUAACCCAACACUGGCGCGACCAGCGGUGUGACAAUGCCUUGGAAACUAGUGAAGAACAAAGCAGUUGUAAUGAAGAAGAAACUGUUAUGUACAAUCAAGUACGAACGGACGACAUUGUUAGUACACACUCUCAUGACAAACUUUCCAAAAAUACUUCUAGAGAAAGACUGACAGUUCAUGCUCAUGUAACCACGAGUGUAGAGACGUCAAAUAGCCAAUUCAUCGGAAGGUAUCAACUAAAUGAGAGACAGAAUAUAGAAAUUAAAGUAGCAGAGACAAACGCUAGAUUCCCAAAACAGCAAACCGAUUCUUGUCCCCCAGAUUCCCACAAAGCGGAAAUAGUUUGCAACACUCAGAACCUAACAACCAACAGAAACAGCGAUUUACCAGUUCCAUUUAAUUCGCCGAGGACAUCCGGACAUACUGAAGAAGUAGAAAGAGAUUCAACUUAUGUAACGUGACUAUGAUGUAAGAGAGUAACAUUGUCAAUCUUUACCCAUCGUGUAACUUUAAAAAUCAAAUGGAUUUGAUUUAUCUGCUUGUUUCUUAUGUUUUUUUUGUAAAAUAACAUUCACCCUGAGUAAAUUGCCUUGUAGUUUAGAAUAUUGCUUCCAAGUACAGUAAACUUAAUUCAAACUCUUCUUUAUAAACCGAACUUGGUCUUGACUUUCUAUGAUUGCUCAGUGAUUUGCAAUUUGUUGAUUCUUUUAUAUUUUUUACUGCCAUUUAUUACAAUACAAAUAUGAUUGCAAUGAUUUGAUAUAUUUAAUAAUCCGACACGUUACACGCAACAGACACUGCAUCAGACGUAACAUAAAAUUCAAUAAAAACUGCAAUUUUACUAACAGUAUAGUGCAAACACCGUAAAAUAUAAAACUAGUACAACGUAA